UCUCAUUUCUUCUCUCUCUCUCUCUCUCUCUCUCUCUCUCCAAUGCCAUCUCUCUCUGAAACAUAUUUACAGAAUUGCCAUUCCUCCUUCCCAACAUAAGACCUCUCUUUCUCUCUCUCUCUCUCUCGCUCGCUCGUUCGCAAUGUCCACCACCAAACCCUCCAAACCCUCCAAAUCCACCACUCCCACUUCAACCCCAACACAACCUCCUUCCUCAACAAAAGCACCACCUCCAUCUUCCUCCUCUCUCUCCUCCCACCUUGCCAUGAUCGAGCUCAAAAACCGCAUCCUCACCGCCCUCUCCAAGCUCUCCGAUCGUGACACCUACCAAAUCGCCGUCUCCGACCUCGAAUCCAUCGUCCUCUCCCUCACCCCCGACUCCCUCCCCAUGCUUCUCAAUUCCCUCUUCGACCCCACUUCCGCCUCUUCCGACAAGCCCCCCGCCGUCAAGAAGGAAUCCCUCCGCCUCCUCGCCCUCCUUGCCACCUCCCACCCCGACGCCACCUCCUCCCACCUCACUAAGAUCCUCGCCCACAUUGUCCGCCGCCUCAAGGACUCCGACUCCGCUGUGCGCGAUGCCUGCCGCGAUACCAUCGCCGCCCUCUCCUCCCAGUAUAUCAAGGGCGACGGCGAGGCUGUCGCGCUCUUUGUCAAGCCACUCUUCGAGGCCAUGACUGAACAGAGCAAGGCCGUCCAGGCGGGGUGCGCAAUGUGCUUGGCCAGGAUGGUGGACUGUGCGCGGGAGCCGCCCAUCACUGCAUUCCAGAAGCUCUGCCCGAGGAUCUGCAAGUAUCUGAACAAUCAGAACUUUCUAGCCAAGGCCGCGGUUCUGUCGGUCGUUUCAAGUCUCUCGCAGGUGGGAGCAAUUUCACCUCAGAGUUUGCCAACUUUGAUGCCAAGCAUUCAUGGUUGUCUUGAGAGCAGUGACUGGGCUACCCGUAAAGCAGCUGCUGAUACGUUGAAUGUGAUGGCAUCUCAUUUAAGCCAUUUGAUUUCUGAUGGAGCUGCUUCAACAAUAACAGCACUCGAGGGUUGCCGUUUUGAUAAGGUCAAACCUGUUAGAGAUAGCAUGAACGAGGCAUUGCAGCUAUGGAAGAAGAUUUCAGGAAAUGGAGGAGAUGUUGUCUCAGACGACUCAAAAGCUGGGUCUCGUGAUGGCAAAGAUUCAGAAUCAACUGAGUCUGCAGAGAAAUCAGGCCUCAAAAGGUCAAAUACCAGUGAGAGACGACUGGAGUCCUCAGGGAAGGAUCCAUCCAGUGCUUCUUCCCCUAAUGCAGAUUCUCUUUCCAGAGUCAAGGGUAGCAGCAUGUCAGACAAAACAGUUGGCAUAUUGAAGAAGAGAGCACCCGCCUUGAGCGACAAAGAGCUGAAUCCAGAAUUCUUCCAAAAACUUGAGACAAGGGGUUCAGGUGAUUUGCCUGUAGAAGUGGUGGUGCCCCGUAGAUGUCUUCACUCUUCUCACUCACAAGGCGAAGAAGAAUCAGAUUUAAAUGAUGCUGAUUCUAUUGACAAUUUGAACAACAAUGGGGCGCCAUGUGGUGAGGGUAAUGAUAUUCAUGGACCAGUCAAUGUAAAUUAUCAUAGCACCGAGAAAAGAGCCGGAGUGUACAAUAAAAUGCAAGAUUUAGAUGAGUAUGCACGGGAUAAGUGGACAGAACAAAGAAUAUUUAGGGGCAAAGACCCCAAAACAAGAGCUUUUGAUGGUGAUGACAGGAUUGAUAUUAAUCAGAGAGACCUAUCUGGUGCUCGUGCUGGUUUCUCCAGAACAGAUGGUCACUCUGAAGGUUCAUUCAUGAAUAACAAAGGAAACUGGUUAGCUAUCCAGAGGCAGUUGGCACAACUGGAGAGACAACAAGCCAAUCUCAUGACCAUGUUGCAGGACUUCAUGGGUGGGUCUCAUGAUAGCAUGGUAACACUGGAAAACAGAGUGCGAGGUCUUGAGAGAAUUGUUGAGGACAUGGCACGGGAUUUGGCAAUAUCAUCAGGUAGGAGAGGUAGUAAUUUGAUGAUGGGAUUUGAGGGUUCAUCUGGUAGGCCUUUAAGCAAGUACAAUGGCCUUGCUGAUUACUCAAGCUCCAAGUUGGGCCGGGGUGGUGAUGGACGGAUUCCAUUCGCAGAAAGGUUUCUCUCAUCCGAUGGUAUUGUUUCAGGAGUGAGAGGAAGAGAUCCACCUUGGAGAUCAGAUGCAUCCGAUGCAUGGGAUUCAUAUGCACAUGGGGCUUCAAGGAAUGGGCAUGUGAGUUCUAGAAGAGCUCCAAGUGAUGGCAGGUUACCCAGAACAGAGCAUGAAGGUGAUCAGGUUGGGAAUAGGAGAGUCUGGGAUAAGGGACCAGGACCUAGGCUUGGGGAAGGGCCUUCUGCAAGAAGCGUCUGGCAAGCCUCCAAGGAUGAGGCGACUCUGGAAGCUAUCCGUGUGGCUGGGGAGGACAAUGGGACUUCGCGAACUACAGCACGAGUUACUAUUCCUGAAUUAAAUGCUGAAGCUCUGACAGAUGAUAAUUCAGGGCAGGAGAGAGGCCCACUUUGGGCUUCCUGGACCCAUGCAAUGGAUUCACUUCAUGUUGGCGACAUGGAUUCAGCAUACGCUGAAUUGUUGUCUACUGGGGAUGAUCAAUUGCUUGUGAAGCUGAUGGACAGAUCUGGCCCAGUAAUCGAUCAGCUCUCCAGUGAAAUAGCGAGCGAGAUUUUGCAUGCAAUCGGACAGUUUCUGCUAGAACAGAGCUUGCUUGAUAUCGGUUUAUCUUGGAUCCAACAGUUGACAGAUCUUGUGAUGGAAAAUGGCCCUGACUUCUUAGGCAUCCCCAUUGAAAUCAAGAGAGAGCUUUUGUUGAGUUUGCAUGAUGCAACAGUGGUGGACCCUCCUGAGGAUUGGGAAGGGGCCACAGCAGAUCAGUUAAUGUUACAGUUAGCAUCAGCGUGGGGGAUCAACUUACAACAGCUCGAGAAGUAGUGAAAUAUUUUCUCAUGGGUUUUCUGCGCGCCCCCCCCCCCUCCUCGGUCCACUUGGAUCUUGAAUAUCAUGUAUUCUGAUAUAUAAUUGUGUGAACCUGGAAAUGAACUGAUUUGUUUCAGAGAAUUAAAUACCAUUGAUUUUGAUUGCAA